AACCAAUACGGCAAAAUACUCCCACCAUGAGACAUUCAAAGAUCUCUGGAUAGCAUCGGAAAGCCUGUUCAGGCAUGUGAUGUGCGUUUUAUCGUGAUAUUACCCGGAAUGCUACGUUAUCCGACCAAUCCCAACGGACCAUGAAGCCAUCCAGACCGACAGCGAUAGCAAAGAAGAUAGCGAAGAUCUUUCCCAGUGCUUGAUUGACCCCGCUGGGAUUUUACAGAGCACAAGUACUCCAUAAUCCGGGGAAUCGCAUCUGUCCAUCAUCUUCGUGGGCAGCAACAUGGGAUUCUUCGCAACCCUAUCGCCCGAGCGCCGGCUUCUAUGGAAGAUCGACUUCUUCAUCCUCUCCUUCUGCUGUGUUACUUACUUCUUUAAUUACCUCGAUCGCUCCAAUUUGACCAAUGCGUAUGUGUCCGGUAUGCAGGAGGAGCUUGCCUUUCACGGCAACCAACUCAAUGUCAUCAACACCGUGUUUACCGUCGGUUACAUUAUCGGCCAGAUCCCGUCCAAUCUGGCAGUGACUUAUGUCCGGCCGCGCUACUUCUUCCCGGCCAUGGUUCUUUUCUGGGGCGGGCUUACGAUGAUCACGGCCGCGGUGCGUAAUCCUCAGGGUAUCAUGGCGAUACGGUUCUUUUUGGGCGUAGCGGAGGCUAGUACGUUUGCUGGAACGCAUUAUAUCCUGGGAUCGUGGUAUACAGAGAGCGAAUUGGGGAAGCGAAGUGGCAUCUUCACGGCCUCGGGGCUUGCGGGGACGAUGUUUGGAGGGUUUAUCCAGACUGGUAUACAUUCGUCGCUGGAUGGUACGUCGGGAAUGUCGGGAUGGAGAUGGCUGUUUAUCAUUGAUGGUCUCAUCACGUUUCCAAUCGCGAUUUACGGCCUAUUCCUGUUUCCCGAUACUCCGACUACCACGCGAGCUCCGUAUCUGACAGAGUCGGAACGCGCCUUGGCUGUCUCUCGCCUGCCUGAAGUCAAUGCCGACAAAGCUCCAUUGGACCUCAAGUUCAUCAAACGGCUCUUCACCACCUGGUACUGGUGGGGGUUCGUCAUCCUUUGGGUCAUUGCGGGGGAAACCGAAUCGUUUUCCAGUAAUACUUUACUGGCUUUGUACAUGAAGGCGCAUCCGACCAUUCAUUACUCAGUCGCUCAGUUAAACAACUACCCUACUGGCGUUCCCGCAGUCGGCAUCAUAUCGACUUUGUUCUGGUCCUGGUUGACGGAUAUCCUACGCGGAAAGCGGUAUAUGGUUGGCUAUUUCAUUGGAAUCACCUGCAUCGUGACCUCAGUCUUGAUCCUGACCCAGUUUGACUCGACUGCGACCGUCUUCGGGGCAUACUACUGGGCCGGAGCGGUGUAUGCUUGCCAGGCCACAUUUUUUGCAUGGUGCAACGACGCCAUGCGGGCGCAGGAUGCACGACAGCGGUCUGUGGUAAUUGCCAGCAUGAACCUGGGGAACAACGCGGUCAAUGCGUGGUGGAGCAUUAUUUUCUACUCUGCAGAUCUGGCACCGCGCUUUACGCGGGGUAUGUGGGCGAUGGUGGGCUGUUCGAUCGCGUUGAUUCUGUGGACCUCGGGAAUCUGGUUUGUGACUGCGAGAGAGGAACGGCAGCCAGUUCAGGAUGAACCAAAGGCAGAGAGACAAAUAGUGAAGCAUGAAUAGUACAUAGUAGCAUCUAAAUACAUACCUGCAUAAUCUGCAUAAUUUGUCAGCAUACAUCAUCGCACUUCAUCCUCAAC